AUGAAAAUUUCUCUCAGGUUGAAAUUGCCACCUUGGUUGAAAACAAAAUUUCCGCAAGGCGAAAACUAUAAAAAACUAAAGUGAUUGAGGAAAUUAAAAUUGAGCAACUUGUGUGAAGAAGCUCGCUGUCCGAAUAUCGGAGAAUGCUGGAGGUGGGGAGAGCAUGGAACUGCAACAGCAACAAUAAUGCUCAUGGGUGACACAUGUACACGUGGAUGUAGAUUUUGUUCAGUGAAAACAGCAAGGAAUCCUCCACCUCCUGAUCCUAUGGAACCAGAAAACACAGCUGAGCCCAUCUCUGAAUGGGGUCUUGAUUAUGUUGUACUGAUCGUUGACAGGGAUGAUUUACCAGAUGGAGGUACUGAACAUUUUAGUAACACUGUGAAAAUAUAAAAAAGUUUUAUUAACAGUAUAUUUGUUGAAUGUCUGACUCCUGAUUUUCGUGGUGACAAAAAUUCUAUGACACUUGCUACAUCUGGAUUGGAUGUAUAUGCUCACAAUAUUGAAUGUGUCCGAGAUUUAACAUGGUUGGUUCGAGAUCCCAGAGCAACAUACGAUCAGUCAUUAUCGGUGUUGUCUCACGCAAAGUCAGUUAAUCAAAAUAUUUUAACAAAAUCUUCUAUAAUGCUUGGAUUUGGAGAAACUGAUGAAGAAGUUAUGCAAGCUUUAAAAGAUUUAAGAAGUGCUGAAGUGGAUUGUGUAACAUUGGGUCAGUAUAUGCAACCAACGAAAAGACAUGUAAAAGUGAAAGAAUAUGUCACUCCAGAGAAGUUCAAACACUGGGAAGAUGUUGGGAAGGAUUUAGGAUUCUUAUAUACUGCCAGUGGUCCACUCGUUCGUUCUUCAUAUAAAGCUGGGGAAUUUUUUAUCAAAAAUCUUUUGGAUAAACGGAAGACAUCUGCACUAUAAUAUAACUUCUUGCAUUUCGAGAUGUUUGUUGCCUACUUGUCACAAAUGCUGUCCAUUAUCAAUUCAAAAAUAGUACUACUGAAGUAACCAUUCAAUUGGUAGCAGUAAUGUGCUUUGUGGAAAAUUCUGAGUAAACCCUGUUCCUUGCAAGCCUUUAUGCAUGUUAAUAUAAUACUCUAUUCUACUAUACACAUGUUGCGUUAUUUAUUGUAUAAAUAUAUUUAGCCAAAUAAACGACUAAAUAACUGAG